AUGGUGGCUGGGUACACCUGGGGGCUGGCGGACCGGGAAACCAACCGGGUGCCAUUUUGGUGUUUGGGUUACCGGGGGGAACCACCAUGGCCACCAGUCAGCACAGGCCACCACCAGGCGGGCAUCACCAAUCACCCAGGAAGCACCCACCCCAGAGCGGGACCAACACUUCAGAACGAUCCUCACCCUCCAGGUGGUGGUCAACACAGCACACACCCACCCUCCAGGGGUGAGAUGGACCAUGUACACCACAUAGGCUCUCCGAGCUCUCAGCGCCGGCACGAGACCCUGCGCGAGGGGCCCUGGGUGAGAGUCAACACACACCCACGCCAAACCCGAGCGGGGGAGCGCGAGACACAGAACACCCCACCCCAGGGGACCAACACAGAACACCCACGCCCAGAGUCAACCAGGAACAGCCCAACCCCAGGGACCAACAACAAAACACCCACCGCGCAGGGGGACCAACCAGAACAACCACCCAGGACCCAACACAGAACACCACCCCCAGGGACCAACACAGAACACCCACCCCAGGGGCCACCACCAACACAGAACACCCACCCCAGGGACCACUACCACAAGAACGACCCCACCCCAGCAGGUCCAUGGGGCCGGUGUAUGGGCAGCGAGUGUGGCCCAGGGGGCAGCCAGAGCCGGGCAGUGUGGUGCGCCCACUCUGAAGGCUGGACUACCCUUCACACCAACUGUGACCAGGCCGAGCGCCCAGAGAACCAGCAGAGCUGCUUCCACGUUUGUGACUGGCACAAGGACCUGUAUGACUGGCAGCUGGGUGCCUGGAAUCAGUGCGUGCCUGUGUCUAUGCGUAGCACCGGGGUGAUCCAGCGGCCAGCCGUGUGUCUCCACGGCGAGGAGGGCAUCCAGACACGCGAGGUGGGCUGCGUCCAGAAAGCAGAUGGCGUGCCAGCGGAGGAUGUGGCGAUUUGUGAAUACUUUGAGCCCAAGCCCAGGCUGGAGCAGGCCUGUCUGAUCCCGUGCCCACGGGACUGCGUGGUCUCCCAGUUCACCCCAUGGACUUCCUGUUCAAAAACGUGUGGCACAGGUCUUCAGAAUCGUGUCCGUUUUGUCCUGGCGCCGCCCAUGUUCGGGGGUUCGGCCUGCCCUAACCUGACAGAGUUCCAGACUUGUCAGCCAGGUCCCUGCGUGGGACCAGAGAGCCUCUAUAGUCUAAGGGUGGGAUCCUGGGGUCCCUGCUCUAUACCCCUCCCUCGCAUGGCCAGGCAGGCUCCAACUCUUAGUCAAGGUAAAGAUGUGGCUGUCCCUCGCCGGCUACGCAAAGACAGAGAGGGUAAAGAAGGUAAAGAGGCCAAAGAAGGCAGCGUGGUGCCCACCCCACGCCAGCCUCGUCUGAGUAAAGAAGAAAGGAUGAAAAGAAAAGAGGAAAGAAAGGAGGGAAGAAAAGGCAGACAGGCAGCCAAAGAAGGGCGCAGGAAAAACAAGGAAACAGUCAAGGAGCGGGUGAGAGAGCGGGCGAGGGUGAGGGGGAGGGGGAGGGUGAAAGACCCAGAGACCAAGGAGCUGAUCAAAAAUAAGAGGAACAGGAACAGACAGAACCGACAGGGAGGGAAGUUCUGGGACCUGCAGGUUGGAUACCAGACCCGGGAGGUGACCUGUGUUCACAGGAGCGGCAACGCUGAUGCACUCAGCCUGUGUUCCCAGGAGUCCCUACCAGUGACCUACCAGGCCUGCGUCCUGACCAAGGACUGUGAGGUGAGCGACUGGACCGAUUGGUCGCCCUGCUCCAAGGACUGCUACGAGCUCAACGGGCCCACGGGCGAACACACACGCACACGCCGGGUACACCUGCUCCCCGUGGGAGGAGGGGCAGAGUGCCCCGAACGGGAGGAGAAGGAACCAUGUACCCCUCAGGGAGAAGGGGUACCCCCCUGCAUCGUGUACAACUGGAAGACAACAGAGUGGACUGAGUGCAGGGUGGACAUGUUGCUAAGCCAACAGGACCGUCGUCGUGGUAACCUAACGGGGCUGUGUGGAGGCGGAAUCCAGAACCGUGAGGGUUACUGUGUCCAGGCAACCAGCGUUGACCCCGCUUCCAGCGCUCUCAAGAGCAAAGAAGCCUCCAGGCCCGUUGAUGGUGACCUGUGCCUCAGCCCGCCCCCCAACACCACCCAGCUGUGCCACAUCCCCUGUCCUGUGGAGUGUGACCUGUCCUCCUGGAGUGCCUGGGGACCCUGCACCUUCGAGAACUGCCUGGACACAGCUGCCAAGAGAGGGUUCAAACUGAGGAAGAGGAGUGAGUAUGUGGACCGCCAACUGUGCCGUGAUGCCAUCCUGCCCAUGCCUGUCAUCUGUGAGGUGCCUUGCCCCAAGGACUGUGUCCUCAGUCCCUGGGCCUUCUGGUCCCUGUGCUCACACACCUGCUCCGGGAAGAACACAGAGGGAAGGCAGAUGAGAGCCCGCUCAGUACUGGCCUACAGCGCAGGGGAAGGCGGGGUCCAGUGCCCCAACAGCGUUGCUCUCCAGGAGGUGCGGAGCUGCAAUGACCACCCUUGUACUGUGUACCACUGGCAGACAGGGCCCUGGGGACAGUGUAUCGAGGACACGUCGGUCCCCCCUGCCAACUCCACAGCGGCCGGGGCCAGGGCCGGGUUCGGGGUCAGGGGAGGGGACUCCUCCUGCUCUGUGGGGAUGCAGACACGGAAGGUCAUCUGUGUCCGGGUCAAUGUAGGACAGGUGCCUCCCAAAAAGUGUCCGGAGAGUAUUCGUCCUGAGACGGUCAGGCCCUGCCUCCUGCCAUGUAAAAGAGACUGCAGCGUCACCCCCUACAGCGACUGGAGCGCCUGCCCUGCCACAUGUAAAGCAGGUGGCAACACGAAAAGGAAACAGAACAGGAAACGCAUCAUCAUCCAGCUGCCGGCCAACGGGGGACAGGACUGCCCGGAGGUGUUGACUCAGGAGAGAGACUGUGAGGCGCCGUCUGUCUGUUUGGGAUACAGGUGGAAGACACACAAGUGGAGGCGAUGCCAGUUGGUUCCCUGGUCCGUUCGUCAGGACAGUCCUGGAGCUGUGGAGACCUGUGGGCCUGGAUUGCAGGCUAGAGCUGUCUCAUGCUGGAAGCAGGAUGGGGGUCAAGCGGACAUGGGAGCAUGUCUGAAGUUUGCCAGCUCCAUGCCCUCUCUAACCCAGCUCUGCCAGCUCCCAUGCCAGGAUGACUGCCAGCUAACCGCCUGGUCCAAGUUCUCUUCCUGUACACAGGACUGUGUGGGCGUCAAGACCCGCAAGAGGAUGCUAGUGGGGAAGAGCAAAAAGCGAGACCAGUGUAAGAACAACCAGGUGUACCCCCUCAGUGAGAUCCAGUACUGCCCCUGUAAUAAGUACAACGCCCAGCCCGUGGGGAACUGGUCGGACUGCAUCCUGCCUGAGGGUGGGCGCGUGGAGGGCCAGCCGGGCAUGAAGAUCCAGGGGGACAUCAAGGAGUGUGGCCAGGGCUACCGCUACCAGGCCAUGGUGUGUUACGACCAGGACAACAGACUGGUGGAGACGUCACGGUGCAACAGCCACGGGUAUAUUGAGGAGGCUUGCAUCAUCCCCUGUCCGUCUGACUGUAAACUCAGUGAGUGGUCCAACUGGUCACGAUGCAGCAAGUCUUGCGGCAGCGGGGUCAAAGUGCGUUCCAAGUGGCUGAGGGAGAAGCCUUACAACGGUGGUAGACCGUGCCCCAAACUCGACCACGUCAACCAGGCUCAGGUGUAUGAGGUGGUGCCGUGUCUCAGUGACUGUGGUCAAUACGUGUGGGUGGCUGAACCCUGGAGUGUCUGGAAGGUCAGCAAUGUGGACCUGAAGGAGAACUGUGGAGAAGGAGUGCAGACCAGAAAAGUCAGGUGUAUGCAGAACACUAUGGAUGGGCCGUCGGACUCUGUGGAGGACUACCUGUGUGACCCAGAGGAGAUGCCACUAGGGGCCAGAGACAGCCAGCUGCCCUGCCCUGAGGACUGUGUCCUGUCUGACUGGGGGGCCUGGAGCCGCUGCUCACUGCCAUGCAACAAAAUCAGCACUCGGGAGAGGACGGCAUACCUCAUCCGUCAACCUGGAGAGGGAAAGCUGUGCCCCAACACCACGGAGACCGAGCCCUGCAGCCUCAACAGCAACUGCUAUCACUACUCCUAUAACAUCACCGAUUGGAGCACCUGUCAGCUGAGUGAGAGAGCUGUGUGUGGUAGUGGCAUAAAGACGCGCAUGCUGGACUGUGUACGAAGUGACGGCAAGUCUGUGGACCUCAAGUUCUGUGAAGAGCUGGGUCUGGAUAGGAAGUGGCAGAUGAACGCUUCCUGUGUGGUGGAGUGUCCCGUCAACUGCCAGCUAUCUGAUUGGUCACCUUGGUCCGAGUGCACACAAACCUGUGGACUAGCAGGGAAGCUGUGGCGCAGGAGAACGAUGCUCCAGGUGCCCCAGGGUGAUGGGCGACCCUGCCCCCAUCAGAGGGAACAGUGGAAGCCUUGCCCUGUCAGACCAUGCUACCAAUGGAGAUACAGCCCCUGGUCAGAGUGCAAGUCUGAGGGUGCGAGGUGCGGAGAAGGGCUGCGGUUCCGUAACGUGUCUUGCUUUGUGUCGGACGGGUCUGGCCAGGAAGAGGGCAGCCUGGUGGAUGAUGAGCUGUGUGGAAACCUGGAGCCCUCGGUAGACGGAGACAAACGGGUCACCCUGGAAGAACCCUGCACCUCGCCCUGUCCAGGUGACUGCUACCUGACUGACUGGACAGUGUGGAGCCCGUGCCAGCUGAGCUGUGUCAGUGGAGAUGACCUGGGUUUCGGCUCAGUGCAGGUCAGAUCCAGAGCCGUGCUGGCCCAGGAGCCAGAGAACCUACUGCAGUGUCCAGAACAGGAGUGGGAAGCCCGGCCCUGCACUGUUCAAUACAAAUCAGACGGCCUGCUGGACCAGUGUACGGUGAUCCCUGUGUUAGAGAUCCCCACGGCAGGGGACAACAGGGCUGAUGUGAAGACCAUCAGGGCGGUCAGCCCCACACAGCCCUCCAACAGCCUGCCUGGCCGAGCUGGACGCACCUGGUUCCUACAGCCCUUCGGACCAGAUGGUAAACUGAAGACAUGGGUCUACGGUGUUGCAGCCGGAGCUUUUGUUCUCCUCGUAUUUAUAGUCUCCAUGACCUUCCUAGCCUGUAAAAAGCCAAAGAAACCCCAGAGAAGACAGAUGUAUAACAACCGGCUCAAGCCCCUGACCCUGGCUUAUGACGGAGACGCUGACAUGUAAACCUCCUCCUAAUCUACUUGGUGACAGAAUCAUUUUACACUGACGUUAUGGAGACUGUCAUCGUGGGAACAGACAGGCACAGAAGUUGUCAGAAGGAGUUGUCAAGGAGACCCAUCUUUGACCUUUCUCCUCAGGCUACCAGUGGGCGUGGCUUAAAACAUCUGGAGCUCUAGGAAGACUUGGGUUAUGUCACGGAUUUAUCAACAACAACUAAAAAAGCAAAGAAGUCAAACAGAAAUCGAGUCAUGUUCGUUCAUUAGUAGCCUAGAAUUUUCCUUCCUCAAUAUUUUUUAUUUAUUACAUUUUUGUUUCACAAGAGCCUUCACAAACUCUAUCUUCUUCUUAAGGAAGUCUGCCUUUGCUUAUCUGCCAUUUACUACUUUUUCUGUCAAAUAAAAACAUCUUUCAAGGUGAAGGUUGUUGGAGAGGGCCCUGAAAAAACAAAGAGUUCUUCCUUCUUGGCUACAGCUGCUCUGUUGGAAAUUAGAUGAGAAAUACGCAAUGCUUUUUUUAUUAUUCCUGGAGAAAAUUGCUGCCUCUCUAUUUUUCUUCUGGACUGGAUCCUUUUCCCUAGAAAACAAAACAAAGUGAAAAUGUCCUAAUCUUACAGAAACACUGUCAACCUUUGUAGGAAAUCUCUGCCUGCCUCUCCCUUUCUCUUCCGUUUCAGGCUCAAUAUUGCACUAUAUUAGUGCAGCAUGAUAUGUUCUUAUGUCUAGGAAGCUGCCUCUCUCAAUGCAAGAUGAUGUACAGUCUUGUGCUAGAAAUGUAAAAAAAAAAAAAAA